GCGCAGGCGCACUGGUGUGUAACGGAUUGGCUUGGCCUUACCCGCGUGGCUUGGCCUUACCCGCGAGGCUUGGCGGUUGUUGCUUGGCUUGGCGGUGGUCGCUUGGCUUGGCGGUGGUCGCUUGGCUUGGCGGCGGUUGCUUGGCUUGGCUGUGGUCGCUUGGCUUGGCGUGGCAGUGAUCGCUUGGUUUGGCAUUUCUGGCUUGGCGGUUCUCCUUUCACAGAUUGGCAACCGCGGGCCUUCCUGCUGGGAGGUUGUGGCCGAGGCAGUAGCUCGCUACUGAUGGCCUCCAGGGGUGGAGAAAAGGGGGGAGGGGCUGAGGGGUCUCCGAAGCCGGCAGUCUCCGCCAUGAGGAAGACCCCUAGCGUCGGGAGCCAGGAAGACCAGUUGUCCUUAAGCUGCCUGGGGGACCGGUGGUCCUCGGAUUCCUUCGGCUGGUUAAGCAAAAGCGAUGGCAGCGACAGCGAGCACGAUGAGGGCGCCUUAGACCAGCCCCUGCACGACGUCCGCUUGGAAGAUCUCGGCAAGCUCCACAGAGCUGCCCGGUCGGGCGACGUCCCUGGGGUGGAGCGCCUCCUGGCUCCUGGAGACCCUGGCGUGGACAAAAGGGAUAGGAAGGAGAGCAUUUGGCACCUAAUUCCUGAACGUAAGACAGAACAGACACCUCAAAGUCUUCCUCAAAAUAACGAUCCAGAUUGGCAUCCUACUAAUUUGACCCUUAGUGAUAAGACUUGUCAGAGAUCCAAGAUUCUGAAGGUUGAUGAUAAAUGUCCAUCUGUAUCAUCAUCAAUGCCUGAAAAUCAGUCAGCAACCAAAGAAUUGGGACAGAUGAACUUAACAGAACAAGAAAAGAUGAACAUUGGAGUUGUACCUUUUUCAGGGAAAGAUACUCUCCAUGAUCUAUGCCAAUCACAGCUACCAGAAAACAAAGAGAGCAAAGAAGCUGUUCUAAGUAGUUUAGCUGAACGUUUGGAUUUCACAGCAGAGCAAGACUUGGAGCUGACAUCAGAGGAAGAGCAAGAAAGACUUAAAGGAUGUAAAAAUAAGCAGCCACAGGACAAAGCUAUUUUUAAAACAUGUAGCCCAACAGAGAAGACACCUGAGAAACAAAACAUGCAAAUUAAUCUUCCACUUGUGCAUCUGCAGAAAGUGUCUCAAGAACAAGAAAUGGCUAAGGAUUGUGAUAGAGAGGAUAUACCUGUAUAUUCAAUACUUCCUCAUGUGCAAAAGUCUGAGGAAAUGUGGAUUGCACAAGGCAAAUUAGAAUGGAAAAACAAAUUAAAACUCAUCAUAAAUGAGUUAAAGCAGAGGUUUGGUGAAAUUUGUGAAAAACACAAAAUUCCGGCUUGUCCUGAGGAAGAGCCACUACUUGAUAACUCUACAAGAGAAACAAAUGUAAAGGACAUUCCCUUUAAUUUGACAAAUAACAUACCUGGUUGUGAGGAAGAAGAUGCAUCUGAAGUAUCUGACUCUGUGGUAUUCGAGACAUUUCCUGAACAAAAAGAACCCAGUCUCAAAAAUAUCAUCCAUCCAUACUGUCAUCCAUACUCUGGGUCCCUGGAACAUGCUUGCCAGUCAUCUUCUAAGCUUCAUUUACAUGAAAAUAAAUUAGACUGUGACAGUGAUAACAAACCAGGCAUUGAACAUAUUUUUAGUAUGGAUGAGAACUUUCAUAAUGAUGCAGGCAUUAAGAAAGCAAGGAACCCAGAAGUGGUUACAGUUGAAAUGAAAGAAGGCCAAGAGUUUGAUUUGCAAAUGACAAAAAAUAUGAACCAAAAUAGUGACAGUUGCAGUACAAAUAACUAUAAAAGCCUGAAACCUAAAUUAGAAAAUCUGAGUUCUUUACCACCAGAUUCUGACAGCACAUCAGAAGUAUAUCUACAUGAAGAAAUACAGCAAGACAUGCAAAAGCCUAAGAAGGAAGUUGAGAGGUUAGAAGAAGAGUUCCUGGCUUUGAAGAAAGAAAAUGUUCAACUUCAGAAAGAGAAAACCCAAAGAGAUAGCAAGUCAGAGCCUUCCUUACAAUCAGAGGAUGCAGAAACAGAUGACCUUUUAAGAGUCCUGAGCAUGGACCUUGAAUUUCUUGAUAUGGAUCAAAUGAGUCCUGAGAAAAAACAGAUUAGUUCCCCUGCAAGGCAGCCCUCACAAGAGCUUGAGGAGAAAACCGACCGGAUGCCCCAAGAUGAACUGGGACGAGAAAGAGGGGAAUUGGAGUCAGAAAACAGAGAGGAGGGACAAGAAAGGAGAGUAUCCGACAUCCAGUCCAAGACAGGGAUCUCCAGGCAGUCACUGGUGUCCAACACCACAGAGGACAUUCAGUUUCAAAAGGAUAAAAGUGCCCCAGUGUAUCCCUUGAAAACCCAAAGAGGUAGCAAGUCAAAGCCUUCCUUACAAUCAGAGGAUGCGGAGGAGGCAGAUGAGCUUUUAAGAAUCCUGAGUACAGAACUUGAAUUUCUUGAUUUGGAUCAAAUGAGUCCUCAGGAAAAACAGAUUAGUUCCCCUGCAAGGCAGCCCUCAGAAGAGCUUGAGGAGAAAGCCGACCAGAUGCCCCAAGAUGAACUGGGACGAGAAAGAGGGGAAUUGGAGUCAGAAAACAGAGAGGAGGGACAAGAAAGGAGAGUAUCCGACAUCCAGUCCAAAACACGGAUCUCCAGGCAGUCGCUGGUGUCCAGCACCACAGAGGACAUUCUGUUUCAAAAGGAUAAAAGUGCCCCGGUAUAUCCCUUGAAAAUCCAAAGAGGUAGGAAGUCAAAGCCUUCCUUACAAUCAGAGGAUGCAGAGGAUACAGAUGAGCUUUUAAGAAUCCUGAGUACAGAACUUGAAUUUCUUGAUUUGGAUCAAAUGAGUCCUGAGGAAAAACAGAUUAGUUCCCCCGCAAGGCAGCCCUUGGUAGAGCUUGAGGAGAAAACUGACCGGAUGACACAAGAUGAAGUGGGACGAGAAAGAAGGGACUUAAAGCCAGAAAACAGAGAGGAGGGACAAGAAAUUAGAGUAUCCGACAUCCAGUCCAAAGCAGGGAUCUCCAGGCAGUCACUGGUGUCCAGGACCCCAGAGGACAUUCUGUUUCAAAAGGAUAAAAGCGACCCAGUGUAUCCCUUGAAAACCCAAAGAGAUAGCAAGUCAGAGCCUUCCUUACAAUCAGAGGAUGCACAAACAGAUGAGCUUUUAACAGUCCUGAGCACAGAACUUGAAUUUCUUGAUUUGGAUCAAAUCAGUCCUGAGAAACAACAGGUUGAAGAAGAAAUAGAGAAGCACAGAAGUAAUAGCACAGAAUUAUCAGGAAACCUAACUCAUGGUGCUGCUGCUGGCAAUGAUGAUGAGGGACUAAAUCAGCAGUUUCCUAGGAAGAAGAAUAAAGGGCAUGACAGGAAACACCUAGACUCCAUGGGACUAAUCUUUGUGCUCUCAUUCCAUUCUCCAAGUAGAGCAGUUUUCUCUGUUUUUCCCUGGCCUGCAGAUAAAAAUUCUAAUGAAAAGAACAAGGUCAAAAACCAAAUACAUCCUGGGGCUGACUUUGCUGACUCGAUGAGGCCAUCUGAAACAGCCUCAGAGGAUUGUGAGUUAUCUCACUCUAUUUAUGAGAAUUUUAUAUUGCUGAUUGAACAACUUGGAAUGGAGUGUAAAGAUUCUGUUAGCCUAUCAAGAAUCCAAGACACAUUUUGUUUAUAUGAACGCUUACUGGAACUUAAGAAUAAUGACUAUGAACGACUUACAGUAAAAAUUAAACAAAUGGAAAAUAUGGUCAGUGUACUACAAAAGGAGCUAUCUGAAACAAAAAAGACAAAAUUACAGUUAGAGCUUCAAAAAAUUGAAUGGGAGAAAGAGCUGUACAGUUUGAGACUUGCCUUAAAACAAGAAAAAGAGGAGAAAGGAAAUGCCGAUAUGUUAUAUAAUAAAGAUAGUGAACGGUUAAGAAUAAAAGAAGAGGAAUGUGAGAAAGAGGUUGAAACGAAGCAGCGACUUAAAUGGAAUCUGAGAAGACUUGUUAAGGAAUUGAAGACAGUAAGAAAGAACUUGGAUCUGGUUGUGCAGGAGCGAAACGAUGCCCAGAAGCAACUUUCUGAAGAACAGAAUGCCAGAAUAUUACAAGAUCAGAUUCUAACCAGUAAACAAAAGGAGCUAGAAAUGGCUCAAAAGAAAAUUAAUUCUGAGAUUUCUCAUAGGCAUAAGAAAGAAAAGGAUCUCUUGCAUGAAAAUUGCAUGUUGCAGGAAGAAAUUGCCUUGCUGAGACUGGAAAUAGAUACAAUAAAAAAUCAGAACCAGCAAAAGGAAAAGAAAUAUUUUGAAGACAUUGAGGUUGUAAAAGAAAAGAAUGAUAACCUUCAAAAAAUUAUAAAAUUAAAUGAGGAAAAGUUAACAAAAACAAUGCUCCAGUACAGUGGACAGCUGAAUGAUCUGACAGUUGAGAACAAAAUACUCAAUUCUGAACUGGAGAAUAAGAAACAGAACCAAGAAAGACUGGAAAUAGAAAUGGAAUCAUACCGUUGUAGACUGGCUGCUGCUCUACAUGAUUGUGAUCUAAGUCAGACAUCAAGAGACCUAAAACUACAACUUGAUUUCCAGAGAACAAGACAAGAGUGGGUUGGUUUACAGGACAAAAUAAAGGUUGAUAUGUCUGACCUACAAGCUAAGAAUGAGAUUCUUUCUGAAAAACUUUCUAAUGCUGAAAGUAAAAUCAACAGCCUACAAAUUCAGCUCCAUAACACAAGAGAUGCUGUUGAAAGAAAGAGUUUGAUUUUGGAACGUUUGCAGAGAGACCUCAGUCAAACAAAGUGUGAGAAGAAAGAAAGUGAACAAAUGUACCAGAUUGAACAAAGCAAACUGAAGAAAUACAUUGCCAAGCAGGAAUCUGUAGAGGAGAGAUUAUCUCAACUACAAAGUGAAAAUACGUUGCUUCGCAAGCAACUUUAUGAUGCUCACAAGAAAGCUAACAGUCAAGAAAAGACAAUCAGUACUAUCCAAGACCAAUUUCAUGCUUUUGCCCCAAAUCUUCAAGCUGAGAGUGAAAAGCAGGUUCUUUCACUACAAGAGAAGAACAAGGAGCUGAUGGAUGAAUAUAAUCAUUUGAAAGAAAGAAUGGAUCAAUGUGAGAAAGAGAAAGUAGAAAGAAAAGUAGUUAUGAGACAACUCCAACAAGAAUGGACCGAUCCCCUAAAACAACAACCUAUGUCAGAGGCUACAUCACGUUGUCACAUUAAUUUAGAUGAUACACUGGAUUCAAAGAGGAAAUUGGGUCAAAUCAGAAGUGAAGUUGACCUUACAGAAGCACAGGAAACUGCACCUUCGCGAUGUCUACAUCUGGAUGCAGAGAAUGAAGUUCUUCAACUUCAACAGACAUUAUUCUCGAUGAAAGCAAUACAAAAGCAAUGUGAAACACUACAGAAGAAUAAGAAGCAGCUGAAACAAGAAGUAGUAAACCUCAAAAGUUAUAUGGAGAGAAAUAUGUUAGAACGUGGUGAAGCUGAACAGCAUAAACUGUUGAUUGAAGAAAAAGCAAGGAAGGAAAUAGCAGAAAAAUUAAAUGAAGCCGUUCUCACCUUGCAGAAACAAGCAGCAGUAUCUCAAGAACAGUUAGCACAGUUAAAGGAGGAUAAUACUACUUCAAUAAAAACUCAGAUGGAACUCACAAUCAAAGAUCUGGAAUCUGAGAUCUCCAGAAUAAAAACUUCGCAAGCCGACUUUAAUAAAACCGAAUUGGAAAGAUAUAAGGAACUCUACCUAGAAGAAGUAAAAGUUAGAGAAUCCUUGUCAAAUGAACUGAAUAGAACUAAUGAGAUGAUAGCAGAGGUCAGUACGCAACUUACUGUGGAGAAAAAGCAGACCAGAUCUCUAUUCACUGGCACUACGAGGCCAGUCCUAGAGUCACCUUGUGUUAGAAAUCUUAAUGAUAGUGAAGGUCUCAACAGAAAACAUAUUCCAAGAAAGAAGAGGUCUGCUUUUAAGAGCAUGGAGAGCUACUUGUUGAAGAUGCAGUGGAAGUUGCAAAAUGAUAUAGCUACACAAGUAGCAGCUGCUACUAAAUGUGAACCUGGAUCCUAUAUAGCUUCUCUAGAAUCUACACACAAGGAAAAUCUGAAUCAAGAUGCAGUGUUGGAAGCAACAAAAGAAUAUGUACAGAUUUUAAGCAGAAAAUACAUGAUCUGAAAGAUAAGGCAAUUUUAUUUCUGGGCUGUUCACAUGAUAUUUUGUUUCCCAUUAAGUAUAUGAUGUGAGCAUUUUUACUAAAGGGAAAUAUUCUGUAUUAUACAUGUCUGAUGAAAAUUUAUAUAGUAUUUUAAAUAAUGUUUCUUGACCUCUUCAGCUAACUUUUAAGUGGAUUUUGCAAAUGAAAACCAGUAUUAUUGAGUUUUACAUACUUGAACUGCUCAAAUGUUAACUGUUUAAACAGCAAAAUAAUCAAGUUGCCAUUAAUAAUUUAGUGGAAUCAACUGAUGGCUUGUUUGUAUUUUAUAAUUUUUAUCUUUAUAUAUAGUGAUAGAUUUAAGUUUAGAUAGAUAUCAUUUUGGUAUACUGGUACUGUGGUCAUUGUCGAUGUUUGGAUGUAUUACAAUUGCUAUAGUGCAGUCAAACUUAUAUAAUUUUAAUUUUAAGCACUGAUUUAUAUAGAUCUUUCCUUGUGGAAAAAUAAGGUUUGCCUAAGGCUUUUCACUUUUUCUUUUUCUUUUUUCUUUUUUUUUUUUUGAGAUGGCGUCUCGCUCUGUUGCCCAGACUGGAGUGCAGUGAUGCGAUCUUGGCUCACUGCAAGCUCCGCCUCCUGUGUUCACACCAUUCUUCCGCUUCAGCCUCCUGAGUAGCUGGGACUACAGGCGCCUGCCACCGCGCCUGGCUAAUUUUUUGUAUUUUUAGUAGAGACGGGGUUUCACCAUGUUAGCCAGGAUGGUCUCAAUCUCCUGACCUUGUGAUCCACCCACCUUGGCCUCCUAAAGUGCUGGGAUUACAGGCGUGAGCCACCAUGCCUGGCCUCACUUUUUCUAUUUAUUGUUUCAUUUCUUUAUAUGAUUAACUUUUGGGAAACAGUCUUAAAAUUGGAGAAAAUUUCCACAUUUUAGGAAAAAUAACUUUCCCCCUGUGGGCCAUUUGAGAGUAAAUUUCUGACAUUAUGCCAUCACAUCUGAUAUCUUUAGUGGGUAUUCCCACAAGUCAGGACAUUUUCUAUAACUACUUUAUAAUCAGAAAGUUAACAUCAAUAGAUUUGAUCAUUUAAUUCUCAGUUUCUUUUUAAGUUUUCUUAAUUGUCUAUAAUGUUCUUUGUAGCAAAAGGAUCCCAUUCAGGUCCAUGAAUUUCAUUUAGUUGUCAUGACUCUUUCAGUCUGGAACAGUUUCUCAGUUUUUCUUUGACCUUUAUGAUCUCAAAUCUUUUGAAGAGUAAAGUCCAGUAAUACAGAAUGUCCCUCCAUUAGAUUUCUUUGAAUUUUUUUAUGAUAAGAUUUAGAUGAUAAUUUUUUUUGGCAAGAGUAUCACGGAAGUCAUCCCAUGAUCUUCUUACUGCAUUCUAUCAGGUAACCUGCAAUUAUUAUUAUUUUUCAUUUACAUCUUUUAUUUUAAGUUCAGGGGUACCUGUGCAGGAUGUGCAGGUUUGUUACAUAGGUAAAUAUGUGCCAUGGUGGUUUGCUGCACAGAUCAUCCCAUCAACUAGGUAUUAAUAAUAGCCCUGUAUCCAUUAGCUAUUCUUUCAUGAUACUCUCCCUUCUCUCACCCACCACUCUCUGGCAUGCCCCUGUGUGUGUUGUUCCCUGCCAUGUGUCCAUGUGUUCUCAUUAUUCAGCUCCCACUUAUAAGUGAGAGCAUGCAAUAUUUCGUUUUCUAUUUCUGCAUUGGUUUGCUGAGGAUAAUGUUCUGCAGCUCCAUCCAUGUCCCUGCAAAGGACAUGUCUCAUUCCUUUUCAUGGCUGCAUAGUAUUCCAUGGUGUAUAUGUACCACAUUUUGUUUAUCGAGUCUAUCAUUGAUGGGCAUUUAGGUUGAUUCCUUGUCUUUGCUAUUGUGAAUAGUGCUGCAAUGAACAUACAUGUGCAUGUAUCUUUAUACUAGAAUUAUUUAUAUUCCUUUGGGUAUAUACCAAGUAAUGGGAUUGCUGGGUUAAAUGGUAUUUCAGGUUCUAGGUCUUUGAGGAAUCACCACGCUGUCUUCCACACUGGUUGAACUAAUUUACACUCCCACCAACAGUGUAAAAGCAUUCCUGUUUCUCCAUAAUCUUGCCAGCAUCUUUUUAUUUUUUUGAAUUGUAGCCAUUCUGACUGUUGUGAGAUGGUGUCUCAUUGUGGUUUUGAUUUGCAUUUCUCUGAUGAUCAGUGAUGUUGAGGUUAUUCUGUUUGUUGGCUGCAUGUAUGCCUUCUUUUGAGAAGUGUCUGUUUGUGUCCUUUGACCGCUUUCUAAUGGGGUUGAGUUUUUUUCUUGUAAAUUUGUUUAAGUUCCUUGUAGAUGCUGGAUAUUAGACCUUUGUCAGAUGGAUAGAGUGCAAAAAUUUUCUCCCAUUCUGUAGGUUGUCUGUUUACUCUGUUGAUAGGUUCUUAUGCUGUGCAGAAGCUCUUUAGUUUAAUUAGAUCCCAUUUGUCAAUUUUGGCUUUUGUUGCAGUUGCUUUUGGCAUCUUUGUCAUGAAAUCUUUGCCCUUGCCUGUGUCCUGAAUGGCAUUGCCUAGGUUUUCUUCCAGGAUUUUUAUAGUUUUGGGUUGUAGAUUUAAGUCUGUAAUCCAUCUUGAGUUAACUUUUGUAUAUGGUUUAAGGAAGGGGUCCAGUUUCAAUUUUCUGCAUAUGGCUAGCCAGUUCUCCCAGCACCAUUUAUUGCUUGCUUUUGUCAGGUUUGUCAAAGAGUCAAAGAUCACAUGGUUGUAGUUGUAUGGUCUUAUUUCUGGGUUCUCUAUUCUGUUCCAUUGGUCUAUGUGUCAGUUCUUGUACCAGCACCAUGCUGUUUUGGUUACUGUAGUCUUGUAGUAUAGUUUGAAGCUGGGUAGCGUGAUGCCUCUAGCUUUGUUCUUCUUGCUUAGGAUUGUCUUGGCUAUUUGGGCUCAUUUUUGGUUCCAUAUGAAUUUUAAAAUAGCUUUUUCUAGGUCUGUGAAGAAUUUCAAUAGUAGUUUAAUGGGCCUAGCAUUUAAUUUACAAAUUGCUUUGGGCAGUAUGGUCAUUUUCAUGAUAUUGAUCCUUUCUGGCUGUAAGCAUAUGUUUUUCCACUUGUUUGUGUCAUCUCUGAUUUCUUUGAAUAAUGGUUUGUAGUUAUCCUUGAAAAGGUCCUUCACUUUUCUUGUUAGCUGUAUUCCUAGGUAUUAUACUCUUCUUGUGGCAAUUGUGAAUGGGAGUUAAUUCAUGAUUUUGCUCUCAGCUUGCCUGUUGUUGGUGUGUAGGAAUGCUAGUGACUUUUGCAGAUUGCUUUUUUAUCCUGAGACUUUGCUGAAGUUGCUUAUCAGCUUAAAAAGUUUUUGAGCGGAGAUGAUGGAGUUUUCUAAAUAUAGGAUCAUGUCAUCUGCAAACAAAGAUAGUUUGACUUCCUGUCUUCUGUUUGAAUAGCUUUUCUUUCUUUCUCUUACCUGAUUGCCCUGGUGAAAAUUUCUAAUAUUAUGUUGAAUAGGAGUGGUGAGAGACGGCAUCUUUUUCUUGUGUCAGUUUUCAAGGGGAAUGCUUUCAGGUUUUCAGGUAUUCAUGCAACAAAUAGCAUGAUGAACAGAACAGUACCUCACAUCUCAAUGCUAAUGUUGAACGUAAAUGGCCUAAAUGCUCCACUUAAAAGAUACAGAAUGGCAUAAUGGGUAAGAAUUCACCAACCAAGUUGCUGCUGUCUUCAGGAGACUCACCUAACACAUAAGGACUCAUAUAAACUUAAGGCAAAGGGGUGGAAAAUGACACUUCAUCCAAAUGGACACCAAAAGUGAGCAGGAGUAGCUAUUUUUAUAUCAGACAAAACAGACUUUAAGGCAACAGCAGUUUAAAAAGACAAAGAGGGACAUUAUAUAAUGAUAAAAGGACUAGUUCAACAGGAAAAUAUCACAGUCCUAAAUACAUAUGCACCUAACACUGGAGAUCCCAAAUUUAUAAAACAAUUACUACUAGACCUAAGAAAUAAGGUAGUCGGCAACACAACAAUAGUGGGUUGUUAAUACUCUGCUGGCAGCACUAGACAGAUCACCAAGACAGAAAGUCAACGAAGAAACAAUGGACUUAAACUAUACCCUAGAACAAAUUGACUUAACAGAUAUUUACAGAACAUUCUACCCAACAAGCAUAGAAUAUACAUUGCAUUCAUCAGAGCAUGGAACAUUCUCCAAAAUAGACCAUAUGAUAGGGCACAAAACAAAUCUCAGUAAAUUUAAGAAAAUAAAAAUUAUAUCAAGUACUCUCUCAGACCACAGUGGAAUAAAAUUGGAAAUUAACUCCAAAAGGAACACUCAAAACAUGCAAAUACAUGGUAAUUAAAUAACCUGCUUCUGAAUGAUUGUUGGGUCAACAAUGAAAUCAAGAGGGAAAUUUAAAAAUUCUUUGAACUAAAUGAUAAUAGUGACACAACCUAUCAAAAACUCUGCGAUACAGCAAAAGUGGAGCUAAGAGGAAAAUUCGUAGCAUUAAAUACCUACAUCAGAAAGUCUGAAAGAGCACAAAUAAACAAUCUAAGGUCACACCUCACAGAACUGGAGAAACUAGAACAAUCCGAAUCCAAACCCAGCAGAAGAAAAGAAAUAACAAAUAUCAGAACAGAACUAAAUGAAAUUGAAACAAAAAAAAUACAACAGGUAAAUGAAACAAAGAGCUGGUUCUUUAAAAAGAUAAAUAAAAUUGAUAAGCAUUAGCAGGAUUAACCAAGAAAAGAAGAGAGAAGAUCCGAAUAAGCUCGAUUAGAAAUGAAAUGGGAAAUAUUACCACUGAUACCACAGAAAUACAAAAGAUUAUUCAAGACUACUAUGAACAUCUUCACGUCCAUAAACUAGAAAACCUAGAGGAGAUGGAUAAAUUCCUGGAAAUAUACAACCCUCCUAGAUUAAAUUAGGAAGAUAUAGAAACUCUGAACAGACCAAUAACAAGCAGCAAGAUUGAAAAUGGUAAUUUAAAAAUUGCCAACAAAAAAAAGUCCAGGACCAGAUGGAUUCACACCUGAAUUUUAUCAGACAUUCAAAGAAUUGGUACCCAUUCUAUUGACACUAUUUCACAGGAUAGAGAAAGAGAGAAUCUUCCCUAAGUCAUUAUGUGAAACCAGAAUCACCAUGAUAUGGUUUGGCUCUGUGUCCCUACCCAAAUCUCAUCUUUUAGCUCCCAUAAUUCC